CCUAUUUAACAAGGAGGCUUGGCAGAGAGAAGAGUGUGUUUGUGUCACACCAAGGAGCCAGAGAGAGAGACAGAGAGCACGGCAGAGAGGAGAAAUGGGAGGGAGUGGACUGCUUGUGAGAUGCAAGCAAGCAGUCCCACGAACUUCUGGAAAAUGUUUCAGCUGGAAAUUAGCUGGGUUCAUCAAGGUUCAAGAGAGGAUAUAUCUCUUGGGGAGAGAGUGUUUUUCAUAUUUAUGAGAGAGGGUGUACAAGGGGUGUAUCCUAUUGGAUACGGGACUCGGGUUGGGUGUAGAACUCUUGAGUGGUUAAUUCUUGUACUUGUAUCUUUCUCAUGUUAUAGUGAAGGUGGUGACUCUCCGGGGAUGUAGGCAGUUCUUUGCCGAACCCCGUAAAUUCUUGGUGUGUUCUCUCAUGUAUUUACUCAUUGUCAUCUUCAGCUUGUUGGUUUGUUUGUUUAUUUCUUCCGUCGGGUUAUGCCGUGAUGGGGGGAAACUGGUGGUUCCCCAACACUAACUCCCUUGAUGGCUUGCCUGAUUUUCAAUUCGAAACCAUUCCAGAUGGUCUUCCAGCUUCAGAUGAGGAUGCCGGCCAAAACUCCUAUUUGCUUUGCGAUUCCAUCAGAAAAAAAUUCUUGGCAGUAUUUCGUAACCUCCUUUUAAAACUCAAUGACACGGCAACUUCUAACAAUAUUAGUAAUCCUCCAGUGACUUGCAUUGUUUCAGAUGGUUUCAUGACUUUCAGCAUCACAGCUGCUGAAGAACUUGAAAUCCCUGUUGCACUGUUCUUUACUUUGCUGCAAUUGGAUUCAUGGGCUGUAAGCGAUAUCCCACUUUGGUAGAGAAAGGACUUGCACCACUCAAAGAGGAGAGCUAUUUAACAAAUGGCUUUUUGGACCAGGUCAUAGAUUGGGUUCCCAAAACGAAAGCUAUUCGUUUAAAGGAUCUUCCAAAGUCCUUUCAAACUACAAACCCCAAUGACAUCUUGUUUAAAUUAGCCUUGGAAGCAAUGGACAGAGUUGAUAAAGCUUCAGCAGUUGUUCUUCGUACUUUUGAUGAGUUGGAGGCAGAUGUUUUGCAUGCUCUCUCAUCAAUGCCUCCACCUGCUUAUACCAUUGGCCCUCUCCAGUUACUUCUCAAUCAGAUACCACAACACCCUUUGAAGUCCAUGGGAUAUAGUCUAUGGAAAGAAGAAACCGAAUGCCUUCAAUGGUUCAAUGCUAAGGCGCCAAACUCAGUUGUUCUUUGA